AUGGAAAUUGAUGACCAUAUUGGUUGUGCGAUGAGUGGAUUGAUUGUUGAUGCUCGUACACUGGUUGAGCAUGCUCGAGUUGAAACUCAGAAUCAUAGGUUCUCUUACGGUGAACCGAUGACUGUAGAGUCCACAACUCAAGCUCUUUGUGACCUUGCUUUGCGCUUUGGUGAAGGUGACGAAGAAUCAAUGGUACAGAACUUAUUAGCUUUGAUUUUCGUGUUUCUUUUAGUUUGCUUGCUUACGGUCUUUAAUGGCCAAAACUUGUGA